AUGGAUGAACCAACUGACAUGUAUGACCUCUACUCACGAUGUGAAAAGCAUAUUAAUCUGGCGGAGGUCCUCGCUGCAGAACAACAAAAGGAAACAAGGAAUGAGAAGAAAGGAUUAGACAGAAAGGAGCAUACGAACAACAGAAACAGGACGAUGGAGAAUAGAGAGCAGAGCAUGGGGAAGAGGAAGAGGGAGGAACAUGUGUGGGUGCUGAGGAAUGAUCUGAAGGUAGAGUCAUCUUACACAUCCCUUAUGCACAGACGAGCCUAUAUUCUGAAUGAAAUUAAAGAUCGCUUGACUUUACGUUGGCCGACCAAGAUGGUCAAGCCUGCUAGUGAACGUAAUAAGAACAAGUACUGCAGGUUUCAUCAAGACCACGGGCACGAUAUUGAAGAAUGUAGACAACUGAAGGAUGAAAUAGAAGCCUUAAUCCAGAGAGGUAGAUUGAAUAAAUUUGUGAAGAGAGAAAGAGGAGAGAGUAGCAAACAGGAAAGCCGAGGGCAAAAGGAGGAAGAUAAAGGGAAGAUGUCAACUAGGGGAGAAGGAAGUCCGAGCAUCCGAGCACGGCAUUCGGAGAAUCAACCCAUCAGGGAGAUAGCAACUAUCUUUGGAGGUCCGGGGUUAGGAGGACAAUCUUCAAAUUCAAGGAAAAAUCAUGCGCGAAUGGUGGGCCUGACUGAGACAACAAGCAAGAAAAGAAAAGCUGAGCAGCAGAUCACCUUUUCAGACGAAGACCUGGUCGACAUCCAAUUACCGCAUGAUAAUGCAUUGGUAGUGAAAAUGAUCGUCACGAAUUGCUCGGUAGCUCGCAUAUUAGUGGAUAAUGGAAGUUUUGUGAACAUCCUAUAUUAUGAUGCCUUUCUGAAGAUGCAGUUAACUCCUGAGAUGUUGAAGAAGAUAGAUUCUCCCUUAUAUGAAUUCAAUGGAGCGCCUGUGUAG